GAUAAGUAAAUAUUAUAACCUGAUAAAUGAUAAUGAAUUAGCACUUUUUAUUGUUUAGAUUUUUUUAAAAGUUCAAACUGUUGUAAGAAUUAAGAAUUUUUAAGACUUUAAAGUGCACAGUUUCAUAAACUUUCUUUCAAAAUGAGUAUCAUGGACUAUAAUGGUGGUGCCUUAAUUGGUAUGAAAGGCAAAGACUGUGUUGCCAUUGCGACGGAUAAGCGAUUCGGUAUACAAGCCCAAACAGUGUCUCUUGAUUUCACAAAAGUAUUUCAAAUAAAUCCUCAUACAUAUAUGGGAUUUCCUGGUUUAGCUACAGAUAUAUUUACUGUAUAUGAGAAAAUAAUGUUCAGGAAAAGGUUAUACGAGUUAAAAGAAAAUCGUAAGAUUUCUCCUAAAGCAUUAGCGUCUAUGGUCUCCAAUUUGUUGUAUGAAAACAGAUUUUCACCAUUUUUCGUUGAGCCGAUGAUUGUUGCUUUGGAUGAAGUGACAUUAGAACCAUAUAUGUGUGAUAUGGAUUUAAUUGGUUGUGUAAAUAAGUCUGAUAACUUUGUGGUUGGAGGUACUAGUUCAAGCCAAUUAUAUGGUCUUUGUGAAGCUCUUUGGGAGCCUGAUAUGGAAGAGGAUCAACUAUUUGAAACUAUUUCGCAAGCUUUAGUUAGUGCUUGCAAUCGUGACGCAAUUUCUGGUUGGGGUGCAAAAGUUUACAUUAUUAAAAAAGACAAGAUAAUUGUGCGUGAUAUCAAGACGCGAAUGGAUUAGAUGUUGGAACAUCUAGCAAUUAUAAUUUGUGUAUAUUUUUUCAUGAUUAAUACAAAUAUUGUUUUAUUCAUACAAAAAAUUAUAAAUGGGAUAAAAACAAGAUUUAUAAUAAAAUAAAAUAAUAUAUA